UAUUAUUGCCGAGGUAUCUUUUUGUAUUUUUCUGCCGGGGAUGGGCCAGAUUGGGAAGGGCGGUACGAGGGUGGGACUUGGCGUUGAUGUUUUGGAACAUCAAAGAUGGACAGGGUUUUCGCGGAUGUCGCUCCUCAGAUAUCUCCACAAUUACAGAUCGGGGAUCUUCCAAAAUCGAGAAGAUUGGUGCAUAUGGCUAGGUCUUUUCACCUUACAAUUUGUAUGGCAAUUUGGCCCGGGGUUGUGGUGUGGUAGGGGAGAACGGGGGAUAAUCCCACACAGGAGUUUUGAACAACGUCUGGUUCACGUUUGGCUGGAUAACUCCACCACCACACGGGGUAUGCGGUCGGCGAUGGGGUCAAAAUGCUCGUAUGAUCGAGGGCUUUUCGAUGGAUCUAUCGGCGGGUUCUUAUUCAAAAAAUCGAGCGAGUUCGUGGUGGAGCGGUUGACUUGUCUGAUUCAUUUACAGUUCUACACAGUGUAAAGAGAUAAUCAGUGAUAGAAAAGAUGUAAUGAGA